CCGUUUCCGUGGUAACCGUGUGACAACCGAUGACAUCCAAACAAUUGUAUGUCAUACAAAAAAGCGAUUAUAUACGUUGCCGCACAUUGUAAUUCAACAAUAUUGAACGAUCAGCGCUGAAUGUGUCACAAUGAGAGCGCAUCCAGCAUGGGUCGACAAGGUUCAAGAGAAAUUAGACCAAUGUAUAUAUGACCUUUGUUUUAAUCCAGACGGUACACAAUUGGUUGUUGCAUCUGGUCAGCAAGUUCUUGUGUACGAGACCAACGAUGGUGCUUUAAUUCAACCCUUAAAAGGCCACAAGGAUACAGUUUAUUGCGUGUGUUAUGCAAAAGAUGGUAAGAAAUUUGCGUCUGGCGGCGCAGACAAAAGCGUCAUUAUCUGGACUUCCAAGCUGGAAGGAAUAUUGAAAUAUUCACACAAUGAAGCUGUACAGUGUAUGCAAUUCAAUCCUGUCUCGCAUCAGCUUCUCAGCUGUUCACUAUCAGACAUUGCCUUUUGGUCCGCGGAACAGAAAGCUGUGCAGAAGCACAAGUCCGGAGGAAGAGUCAAUUGCUGUGCGUGGACAAAAGAUGGACAAUAUUUAGCACUUGGUCUCGCAUCUGGAUACGUGUCCAUAAGAAAUAAAAAUGGUGAAGAGAAAUUACGCAUUGAACGGCAGUCUGGGAUACCAAUAUGGAGUUUGUCAUGGAAUCCUUUACGAGAUGAAGGCAUGGACAUCCUAUGUAUCGCCGAAUGGAACGGAAUAAUCUCAUUUUACAACACGGGAGGAGAAGCUGUCCGAAGAGAGAGGACUUUCAACUUCAUACCGUUAAAAGUCACUCAUUUCCCGGAAGGACAGUAUUUUCUCGUUUGCGGUAGCAACAAGCAGUGCCUGUUGAUGACUCACGAUGGCAUACAGCUGGUUAGUGUGGGCAACACCUUCUCGUCGUGGGUGUGGAGCUGUGCCGUUCAUCCGACCGCUUCGCAUGUUGCACUUGGUUCCCAAGACGGUACAAUAACAUAUUUGCAACUCUCGUGGAACGUCGUGCACGGUCUGUACGGAGACAGAUACGCUUUCAGGGAGAACAUGACUGACGUAAUAAUACAACAUCUGAUCACUAAUCAGAAAGUUCGUAUCAAAUGUAAGGAUUUGGUAUGUCGAAUCGCUGUGUAUCGAAACAGACUGGCCGUGCAGUUGCCGGAGCGCGUGAUCAUUUACGAGCCGUCUGGCACGAGCGACGGGAUGCACUACAGAAUACGAGAAAAACUCAAUCAGACGUUGAAUUGCAACCUGUUGGUCGUCACGUCGAAUCAUUUGAUUUUGUGUCUGGAAAGGCGUCUGCGAAGUCUCUCGUUCACUGGGAUAAUAGAGCGAGAGUGGAUCCUCGACGAACUAAUCACUUACAUUAAAGUAGCUGGCGGACCUGCUGGACAGGAGUGUUUAAUAGCUGGUCUGAAAAGCGGUCACGUGAUGAAGAUCUACCUGGACAAUCCGUUUCCCGCACACGUCACCAAAAUCGAAGAUGCCGUGAGAUGCUUGGACGUCAGUUCCAUGAAGGAGAAAAUGGCGGUGGUCAGCGAGGCCGGUGUGUUAUCCGUGUUCGAUUUGUGCACCGGCGAGAAGUUGCAGGAGUUCCAAGAUGUGAACAGCGUGGCGUUCAAUACCGCGUUCGAGGAUAUCAUGUGCUUCGCGGGCACCAACUACCUCGCGAUAAAGGUUGCGAAUUUCGCCGAAUACAGGCAGAAGUUCUCCGGUUUCGUCGUGGGCCAUAACGGCUCGAAACUUUACUGCCUGAACGGUUCGUCCAUCAUUACGCUGGAGGUUCCGCUGUCGUUGUCGAUGUAUCAAUAUCUGGACAUCGGAUUGUACAAUCACGCUUACGAAAUCGCGUGUUUAGGCGUAGCCGAGUCGGACUGGCUCUCUCUGGGAACGAUAUGUUUGGACAAUUUGGAAUUGAAUAUCGCCUAUUCGUGCUUCGCGCGGAUAAAGAAUCUACGAUAUAUAGAAAUCGUGUCCGAAGUCGAGGAGAAAUUGAAAUCGGGCGAAUGGGGACGAGAAGCCUGCAUGGCCACUGCCGCGGCCGCUAUGGGCAAGUUCCGCGAGGCGGCGAAACUUUAUCAAAAAGCUGGUUUGCAGCAGUACGCCCUAGACAUGUACUCAGACCUACGCAUGUUCGACAUAGCGCAAGAAUUCAUAACCACAGGUAAUACACAGGAUCGAACAGUAUUGCUGCGACGAAGGGCGGAAUGGGCGAAGAGUUUGGGCGAGCCGCGCGCUGCGGCCGAGAUGUUUCUUUCCGCGGGAGACGUUGAUCGCGCCAUCAGUAUUAUCGCCGAAUACGGUUGGAUCGACAUGCUGAUCAAAGUGGGCAGGCAAUUGGACAAAGCGGACAGGGACAAUUUGUCCAUGAUCGCUAAGAAACUCAAGCAACUGGGCGCCUCGCACGGCGCAGCUGAGAUUUUUAGCAGACUAGGGGACGAUCCUGACGUCGCUGACGUGCUUGUGGACGCGCAAGCGUGGCCCGAAGCUUUCGAACUCGCGGAAAGAAACCCGAAGCUAAAGUCGCGAAUAUACGGACCGUACGCGCGAUGGUUGGCGGAAACCGGACGAUUCUCCGAAGCUCAGGAAGCGUUUCAGAUGGCUGGACAACCGGAAGAAUCUAUACUCGUGCUCACAAUGUUAGCCAACAAUGCCGUGACGGAGAAAAGGUUUCGCGACGCUUCUUACUUCUAUUGGCUGUUGUCGCAGCUGAGUCUGGACCUGCCAAAGAGCAUGGACGAGAUAAAAGCGAUGUUCCUCAAUUAUUCCGACAAAGCUGACAUCUACUACGCGUACCACGAAGUGCACAAAUAUCUGGAAGAACCUUUCACAUCUCUGAUGCCGGAAGCGUUGUUCAACAUUUCGAGAUACCUGCUCAUGAAGACGCAAAAUGUCCGUCUGGAGGGUGUUUCGAAGCUGACGAUAAUGUACAGUUUGGUGAAACAAGCGCGGAUAUUGGGAGCCAAUAAACUGGUCAUGCAACUGUUGGAUCAGUUGCGCGCGAUGAAAAUUCCCGCGAAUCUUCUUGCGCAGGUGGAAACGUCCACUCUGGCGGCCCGAUCUUAUCCGUAUCGUGACCCGGAGGAACUGUUACCUUUGUGCUACAAAUGCUCCACGUUCAAUCCGCUAUUGCCGACGAACAACAUCUCGGGCAGCAAUUGCUCGCAGUGCGGACUGAAGUUCCAACAUUCCUUCGUCAUGUUUGAAAUCCUGCCCCUAGUUGAAUUCGAAUUAGAGGACGACAUUACGAAUGAGGAGGCGGAGAAACUGAUAGAGGAACCGUUGCCUAGUUCGGACGAUCUUGACAUCAGCGAUCAGUUUACCGUGACUUCCAACGAAACCGAUCUUUUCACCGCUCGUCUAAUGAGAUACGAGGAGAAAUCCAACAAUUCUACAAUAACCGUGGGAAGAGGAGUGUUGAGGAGCAUGGAUCCGUCUACGGUAAUAAUUAUCAAGUGGCCCAAGCCCUUCAAGACUAGAUAUUUCAGAAAUUUGUUACCAGAUCUCCAGAUCAGCUUGUGCAAGUGCUGUUUGAAGUUGUUUCAUUCGGACGACUAUGAACUCGCGUUAUUACGACAAGGACACUGUCCGUUCUGCCGAACGCCGAAUGUGACUGUGGGUUAGAUAAGAGGAAAGUGUUAAA